CUUGGGCAUGCGCAGGGGGUGGUGGCGGGCGGUAAUAUGAGGGGACGUUCAGGACAUUCACGAACACCCGCAGUGGGAACCGAGCACCGCGUGUGGUUUGACGUUAAAUUGGUGACGUAUUGUAGGACGUUUAUGCGCGUAUAAAAAUCGAGUUGAAAAGUGUAAAACUACAUAGCAUUUGCUCUUUUUAGGAGAAUCUGAGACUUUUACAGAACAGAGCGUGUUUUAAUUGUUGAAUUAGUCAUUAUGAUUACACUUGAAGAUUUUUUCGUUACUUAGAAAUAUACUUCAAAGACUGUCCACAGAGGCCGACUACUUACUCGGCCAUGAAGAAGCCGAGACGUCACGUGACAGUAGAGACCGCUUCUCGCCGGCUGAGUGCCGUGCUGACGCGCGCUGAGAAACUCGGAGUGGAGUUGAGGACUGCUGACUCCGUAUCGUUGCUGAGACAGGCUUGUGGAGCUGCUGAGGACCGACUGCUGACCGGAGUCGCUGUGCUGAGUCUCGUGGUAGUGAUGCUGUUGGCUUGUGGUCACCUGGCAGAGAUGUCUGCGGCUUGCCGUGACAAUUCCACAAACGAGAUCCACAUUCAGACCAUGAGCUGGAAUCGACUGCCAGGAGAAGGCAGGGAAGGUCAUCGGGAGGACAGGCCAGUGGUCAUCUCUGACGUGGAAGUCCCUGUAGACCCGCCCCCUUGGCUGAGUAACGUGCGCCUACGCAGAAAGCGGUAGUGGUGCCAGUGUGCAACGUGAAAUCAGUUAAUAAAGAAUAAAACUGUAUAGAGUGUUUUUAAGUCAAUACGCAAGUGCACCGUAAUAUAUUAAGGGACUUUAUGAAAGCUGCAAGCUACAGUUACAUUUAUUUUUGUAAUGAAAUGUUAUUUUCAGUUACAAAGCAGUUCUAAGUAAUGUACAGUACUUUGUCGUUUAAUUGUAACAAUGUGUUUUUAUGUUGUGUAAUCUGAGAAAAAGCAACAUGUAUGUUAAAGAGUGUUUUAUAUUGUGUACUUGAUUGUCUACACAAGUGUUAACAGUACUCGUAUUAAAAACAAUUAACGUAAAA